AUGGCGGAUGGUUCUUCAAAUUUUGAAAAAACAAAUUCUCGAGCUUUUUACUCUAAUUCCAAUGAAACCAACUCAAAAUCUAAAGCAAUUUCAAAGUCAAAUAAGAAAGUCGUCAUUCCCAAGCAAGUAGAAAAAAUUUUGGAGUCAGCACAGACAUUUUUAUCAAGAAAUGACUAUGGCAAAGCCUUGUCCCAUUUUGCUUACAUUGUCCAUACCGCUCCAUUGCUAGGCGACCAAGUCCAUGACGAUUUUCUAUUCGCUCUGAAAAACUGGAGCAGUAUCCUAGCAGAAAAUGGCAAAUUGAAAGACUUGGUAAAAUGCUUAGAAGAAGCUUGCAAACUUUUCCCGAAGUCGGCCCAAAUUGCAAACAAUGUUGGCUCCACCCUGUUCCGGUUAAACCUGUUUGACGAGGCUGCUGUCCACUUCCGUCAGGCACUAAAGCUCGAUCCACAGCUCAGCAGUGCCGAGGAGAACUUAGACUCUAUUGCAAACGUGCUUGUCGAACGAUGGCACUUUCGGAUGCUUAAUGACAAGGAACGAAAUCAAGCCUAUAGGAAUGCUAUAGAUCGUGCUGUGAAAAAGGGGUGUGGUCAAGUCUUAGAUAUCGGUAGUGGAACAUGUAUUUUAAGCAUGUUUGCUAUCCAGUCAGGUGCUAAAGAAGUGUAUGCUUGCGAGAUGUCCAAGACAAUGUAUGAUCUUUCAUUGGAUAUCCUAUCAGCCAAUCAGAUGAAAGAUUCUGUCCAUGUGAUUAACAAGAAGUCACAUGAUUUGACGAUACUUGGUGACCUGCCUGGGCAAGUCUCACUGAUUAUUACCGAGACCUUAGAUUGCGGUUUACUAGGGGAGGGAAUCAUAAGUACAUUAACCCAUGCAAAACAUGAGCUUUUAGCAGCCAAUCAGAAAGCUCAAAUUAUUCCCGAGGGAGCUAUUGUAUAUGGGCAGCUAAUCCAAUGUGAGAAGAUCAGAAAUUAUUCCCAAGUAAAGCAGGCUGUUUUUAGCCAUGAUGUAAGUAGUGUCCAUAUCCGAGGUGCUGAAAUUUCUGAGAAAGGUGAAGAGCCUUACACAACUGAAGAGAUGAGCUGUAUUGACCAUGUGACUCUAUCGAAUCCUUUCCACAUAACAACUUAUGAUUUCCAAACACCUGAGAACUACAUGGAAGAAUCUAUGAACGACCUUAAUAUUUCAAUUGUUAGAUCAGGCUGUUUAGAUGCUAUUAUGGUGUGGUUUGAACUAAGGUUGGAUGCUCAGGAAACUUUGUCGAGUGCUCCAGGUCACAGUGUAUGCUGGGAACAGGCUGUCUAUCCAUGCCGACUCUCAGAAGGCGAACAAACUGUUGAGGCCAGUGAUGAAGUCAUAUUGAAUGUCCGACUGACAAGCAGUGCAAUAUGUCUGGAUGUUCUGGACAUUACUAAAAGUCAGUCUAUUCAGCCAUCUCCUAAGGUUGAUGGUAUUUUGUCUUCUCAAGAACUAAGCAAGUUGAAUGAUGUUGAAAGCGGUCACGCUGUUCCAGCAAGCUCUAAGCAUAAUACUAGUACAAAUUUGCCAUAUCAAGAGCUAAACAAGUUGAAUGAUGUUGAAUUAAGUGAGAGUAUCACGUUGCCUUAUCAAGAUAUAAGCAAGUUAAAUGAUGUUGAUUUAACCGAAAGUUGCAAUGAGGCACUCUCGGAUGCAUUUGAGAAGCUGAAAUUAUCUUCUAACGAUUCAACCCUGGGAUGCAUUGUGCUAUGCAGUUCACCGACUUUCAAUCCAAUGUUUGCAUUAUGGUCAGGACUUUCACCUGUUGUUUGCAUCACCAAUGACACAAAUUUUAUGCAGUGUUUGAAAACACUAGCUGGUGAGAGGGAAUGCUCAGGAAGCCUUUGUUUCAUGGACAAGCCCCUCGAAGUGCUAGCUGGAACCGAAGGCUGGGGCGUCCUGAUAAUCGACCCUAUCGAACCAGGCGGGCAGCUGAGGCAAGGAGUGGUCGAAGAUAUUGUGCUUGCCAAAGGAUGUGUGCUCCCUAAGGAUGUUGGGAUAGUCUUGCCGAGAAAGAUUGAAGUCUGUGGAAUGUUGAUCAGCUCUAGAUCAUUAUGUCAGAAAAGUCAUGUGACUAGUGAUGGUGUCACAUUAGGCCUUGACAUUGCAGGUCAUUGUCUUUAUUGUUAGUAGCAGUAGUAGUAGUAUCAUUAGACUUGCUCCAAGUCUCUCUUGCAUUGUCAUAUCGAUCCACUAUAGUGUACAUUACAUGACGUAGCACGGAGAGGCGGAGCGAGAAAGAGAGACUUGUCAACUUCAGAAAAUCUCGGUUGAAAACUGAACCGAAAAUGCAAGACUUGCUUUAAUUCUUUUCCUUCAAUUUCUUUCUUUAUCAUUUACUAUAAUGGAACUCAUGUUAUUUACACUUUACUAGAUCAAUACAUAUAAACACUGACAGAAAAUAAUUAAAGCAAGUCUUGCAUUUUCAGUUCAGUUUUGAACCGAGAUUUUCCGAAGUUGACAAGUCUCUCUUUCUCGCUCUGCCCCUCCGUACUACGUCAUGUAAUGUACACUAUAGUGGACCGAUACUAUAUGACAAUGAAAGAGAGACUUGGAGCAAGUCUAUAGUAUCAUUGGCCCAAUUUAUACUAAAGACAGUUGACCACCAUCCAGUCACAAUCUGGUGAUCCAAAAAAUUGGAAAAUACCACUGUUCUCCAUGCCAUCCAGUCACUUGUUGUGUUGAUAUAUUUAUGCCAUGAUACAAAAUGCUAAUUUUGUUAUUUUUGCAGGUUUUAUCAACACUUUUCGAGUCAAAAACCAAAUUGAUUUUGAUGUCAAAAGUAACCCCUUUGUCUCACUGACCGAUCCAGCACUACUUCUAACAUUGGAUUUUAUGAAACCUCAUGAUGACGAUUCCUUACUUUCCCUCUUGAAUGUGACAUGUGAUGCGCACAUGACAGCAUCGAAACAAGGAAAGGCUGAUGGUCUGAUGUAUUGGUUCAACCUUGGCUAUACAGAAGGAAAAACGGUGAGCACAGGCCCGGAAUCUGGCUGUCAUUUUAAUCAAGUUGUUAUAAUGUUUAAAGAGAAGGUUGAUGUAAUCUCUGGGCAGAAGUUGGUUGUAAGGACAUCUU